AUGUCGACAGGAUUUACCUCAUCACUCACUUUUGCUGGAAAACAAACCAUUAUCUAUUUGGGCUCAAUUACUCUUAUUGCUGGUAUUGUUGGUGGAUUUCUCGAUAUAGUUGUAUUUCUCAGUUUGAAAACAUUUCGACGGAGUCCCUGUGGAUUUUAUUUAAGUGUCAUGUCAAUCAGUAAUAUUGGUCAAAUGAUCACCGGUUUGCUCAGUCGUAUUUUGACUACUGGAUUCAAUAUCGAUUGGACUCUAACAUCUCUAUUCUAUUGCAAAUUUCGAUUGUACUGUUACCAGGUAUGUUCAUUGAUAUCAAUGACUUGUAUCUGUUUAGCAAGUAUUGAUCAAUAUUUUGCCACUUGCUCUCGUCCACGAGUGCAACAAUGGUCCAAUAUUAACUUAGCACGUCGUCUAUCUGCAAUAUUUACGGUCAUUUGGAUUAUUCACAAUGCUCCUUUUCUGAUCUACUAUGAUCAUAUUGUAUCUUUGACAACCGGGAAAGUGACCUGCAUAAUCACAAAUAAUGUCUUUGAUCAGUAUACUACUUAUAGCAUUACUGUCACUCUAGGAAAAGUAUUACCGAUUGGUAUAACUCUCUUAUUUGGAUUUUUAGCUUAUCGUAAUGUGCAACAAAUAACUUAUAGAACGUUACCAAUGGUUCGUCGAGAAUUGGACAAACAAUUGACUGUGAUGGUUUUAGUACAAAUAGUUUUCGGUUUUUUUACUAUUACACCAUAUACCAUUAUUUAUAUUUUACUAAAAGUGCCUCAACUUAGCCAAGAUCCAACUAAUGCAGCAUGUUUACAAUAUGCAACUGCUUUAACCACAUGUAUGUUGUACAUCUACUUUGCAGUAAGUGUAUUUUGA